UUGGAUGUGGUCUGCAGGGGCGGACUGACCAUUUGGAAACUCGGGCACUACCCGAGGUCAGUAGGGGGCCCCAUGAGAUGCCCCUGGUACCUUUUUCAUAGGCUUUUUUGAGUUUGGGCAAGGACAAAGGGGCCCCAUGAUCCCCUAUUGCCCGGGGGCCCCAUGAGUUGUCAGUCCGCCCCUGGUGGUCUGCAUAUUCUAUGGGGUCAAAAUCGAGCUGGAAUCGAACUAAAGGUCAGUAGGGGGCCCCAUGAGAUGCACCUGGCACCUUUCAUUGGCUUUUUCACAGGCAUUUUUGGGUGUGGGCGAGGACACAGGGGCCCCAUGAUCCCCUAUUGCCCGAGGGGCCCC